AUCUGCAUGAGUAACCGUAAUUGUAGACUGGUUUAAGCCAUUUUGUUAUUGCUGUCAUUUGAAUUUACUUUGUAUAUAGAUCAGGCCUAAAGUGUGAAUGACGUAGCUGUUGCAAAGAUGGAUUUACUUAAAUACACUGGACUUUUGAGCCUGAUUUCCAUUUUGACAGUGGACUAUACGGAUGGAAUCCAAUGUUACUCGUGCAGCCACAAAAACUUUGCGGGCUGCAACGACCCCUUUAAUAAGAAUUCCAUGCAGGGCUAUGUCGUUGACUGUCCCUUCGGGAUGUGCGGCAAGAAGAAAAUGGACAGCUCCGCCUCUAGUAAUCAAUAUCAAGAGGCUGAGCGAUGGUGCCACCAGGUCCAAGGCGUCAUUGGCUCGAGCGAUGACAUGUGCUCCGAGGUCCGGGAGCCCGCGGGAAAGGGUGAGGUCUGCUAUUGCAAUACGGACCUCUGCAAUCAUGCUACAUCACGUCCGGUCUGGGGUUUCGCAAUACUACUUCCGGUCGCACUGCUGACUUCCUGGUAGAUUUUUGGGAUGUUUUCGAGAUAGUGGGCUAUUUUUACCGAACAUUUGACAUUAUCGUGUUGAGUACCUUAAAACGUGCUUGAAUUGUGUCGCAGCGCUGGGUUAUUUCCCUUGAGUCGUAAACCUCGAUUUAGAAAGAAUAUGCCAAUAACGCAUAUACGCCAGGUGAAUUCAGCGGAACGACCCAAACCAUUUAUAUUCGCAUAUUAGUUUUUGAUACGUUGUCUAUUGAUUGCAAUCUUAUGUAUACAUGUCGAUUUUCUAGCUGGUCUGUUCUAUUUUAGAGAAAAGAGCAGGUUUUAAAGGCCUAGUUUAAGGAAUGUUUGGCAUGACAAUCCCCUGCUGUUCAUCGCCUGCUUAUGUCACAGUAGGGGCCAAUUUCUUGUGUAUUUCCUUAUUGGCUCAGGGCCAUUUAGGGUCCACUUCUCAAAUAAAACCUCCAAAACUGCACAGCAGGAUACUCAGAUCAGAGAUCUGAUAAGACAAUUAGGUAAUUCGAUUAAGAUCAAUACACAGAGGUUGUGUACUAUAUACUUUUUUGCGGGGUGGGGGUCACUUAUAGAAGGAUUAAAUUAGGCCUUUAAUGUUGUCAAGACUGGUGUUGUCGUCGUGUUUAUUGUCGAUAUGCAGAAUAUUGGCCACAAUCCAAUACCGUUUAAGAUAAACACAUGAAACAAGGUACUUGUGCAUACAAUGGCAAGUCUAACUUGUCCAUAUGAGCACCUGACAACAUAAUACAUUUGAAGUUGAAAAUGUGUAAAUAAUCAAAUAACUUUCACUACAAAUUUUCAAGAAUUACGUCUCCUUAAUGUCACGAACGAGCGUUGCCAUUGCGUUGUUCUUGCUUACAUACAUGUUUGAGUACGGCAGACUUAUAUCAUUUGUUCAUGAUUGUGCCAUAUCCAUUUGCUUUUGCAUGCUAUUUACCUUUCUCAUAUAUGUUUUAUCAAUUUUGAUUUAAAAAAACAAAAAACAAUCUACACUGGGCGGGCGCCAUUUUAAUUGUUUGUUAACUAAUCAUAACGUCUCAUUGAUUGUACAUAUCAGAAUAGAAUAAAAUUUCUAGUACUUUAUCUUUUAUUUUGUUUUUAUUUUUCUAGGUUUUUUGUUCAUUUUGACUGUGUUUUUUUUGUAAAGCGUAGUGUUUGGCGUUGUCUAUUAGUGUUCAUGUUUUUUUCUAUAACAUUUUGGGUUCAUACCUUAUAUAUAUAACUUAUACUAGUAACUUGAACUCAUACUAAAUUAUCCAUUAUUGAAUGCAUCGUUUUUAAUAGCAUCAUUUAUAAAUAAGCUUCGAUUAAAAUAAAGAAUAAACCGAGA